AAAAAUUAAAUGAUAAUUAUGUAAUUGCAAAAUCGAAUUAAUUUCUUUUAAUUAUUCAUUAAAAAAUCCCUCAUUAAUCAUUACGAAUAUAAAAACCUUGAAUGUUUGUAAAUAAAGUUGGUGAAAUCGCGAUAAUCGAGGAGGCAUCACAUCACAACAUUAAAAAAAUAUAUAUGUGUACAUCACUGUCACGCGAAAAUCACAUUUUAGCCAUGAAAAAUUAGCUCAAAUUUGUUGUAUAUGUGUGUAAUUUGUCUGAAUCAAUAAAAUGGGUAUCGUUCACGCCAAGGAUAACUCGGACCUUAAAAUGCCCCAAUUCGGCAUUCCAAAAGCCGAAAUUAAUUACGACGAAAUCGAAGAGUCGCGAUCUAUACCAUUAGAUGUACCUGUCCGUGUGGACACAAUAAGUAUUAAUGGAUUAAGUAGAACUAAAGAUGAUAUUGUAGAGGACGCAACGAAAGAUAUAUUUAAAUCAAAAAAUUUCCGGGAGGUUCUUUAUAAUGCGCAUAAAGCGAGGCUUAAAUUGGAAACUUUAAGUUGUUUUCGCAACAUCGCGGUACAUAUUGAUGUUAGUCGAGGUCCCAAAGCAACACCCGAAGGAUUAGAUGUUACGUUUCACGUAAAAGAAUUAAAACGAGUCGUUGGGGGUGUUAACACCGAAGUGGGUAACAACGAAGGAUCCGUAGUUGUUGGAUUACGCGUCCCAAACGCGUUUGGACGCGGGGAAAGAGUCUUCGUUGAGUACAGUUAUGGUUCCCGGAAAUCAAAUAAUUUUAGUGUGGGGGCUGUAAAACCGUUAAUGGGGAAGUACGAGCCGAAGAUAUCAGCGAGUGUUUUUCAAAACGUCGCGGAGGUUGCCGCUUCGGGUUAUAAAGAGCUUGAACGAGGAUUUGCAGUUGAUUUUGGGCUCUUAUCGUUUGCUAAUGUUCGUCAUAACUUUCAAUAUAAGGGUUCGACGAGGGAAUUGGGGGUUUUGUCGAAAUCUUCGUCGUUUGAAGUUCGAGAGAAUUCUGGUCCAACUUUAAAAUCGGCCCUCGCGCAUAUUCUUACGGUGGAUUUGAGGGAUGAUUUAAUUUUCCCAGCUUGUGGAACUCUGUUUCAGUUAAAUACGGAAUUCGCUGGGAUUGGGGGAAAUAUUGGGUUUUUAAAAAACGAUCUUUACGUUCAAUCGAAUAUUAGUAUUUUGAAGGAUGUUGUAAUUCAAGGAACUCUUGGUGGUGGAUUUUUAAAAGGAAUUGGUAAUGAUAUGCAAAUAGGAAUGAGCGAUAUGUUCUUUUUGGGGGGACCUUUGGAUUUGCGAGGAUUUCAAAUGAGAGGAAUUGGUCCGAGAGCUGAUGGGGAUGCUUUAGGAGCCGAGAUGUAUUGGUCCGCCGGGUUGCAUUUGUUCACUCCAUUACCUUUCCGACCGGGUAAAGGUGGAUUUGGAGACAUUUUCCGCACGCAUUUCUUCGUGAAUGCGGGAAAUGUGGCGACUGAGAAAUCCGAGGAGAAAUAUGUCGAUCAAAUGAGCAAAAACGUCCGAUUAUCGACUGGAUUGGGAAUCGCGGUCCGCUUGGGGCAGAUGGCCCGAGUUGAAAUCAACUAUUGUUUUCCAAUUAAGUUUAGCGAUGGGGACCAAACCCAACCGGGGGUACAAUUCGGUAUCGGAUUGCAAUUUUCUUAAAAUGAAAAAAUAAGUGCUGUUAUGUAGUUAGAAACUUGUUUUAAAUAAUAUAAACCAAUAAAUUAAAUUAAAAAUAA